AUGCCGAUACGGCGGGCGUUCCGUUGGCCUGCCCGCCGAACCGCCGGAUUAGGAUUCCUGGCCCUGAUCUUCGCCACGAUUACUUCCAUUCUCCUGCUUCUGAACGGCUCUUUCGACCCAAUCCUCAAGUACGACUCGACCCACGACCAGGUCAUUCGCAACCUAUCGGCCAUCACCAACACAUACCGCAAUGACCGCGACAUCGGGCUUGUGCUGGCCACGCCCAAGUUCGAGGAUCUCCACUGGGUGCUCGACUACUGUACUCAUCACCCCGACACCACCCCCUUCAUCUACAUGAUCGACGAAGACCCUGACCCCAGACUCCUCACCCCGCGCACCAUCCGCGGCCGCGAAACCGCCGCCUACCUGUCCUACAUCGUCGACUACUACGACCGGCUCCCGCCCUACUCCAUCUUCGUCCACGCCAACAUCGACCAGUGGCACAACGACCUCUUCGGCCCGCAUACCACCCCGGCGCUGGAGAACCUGCGCCUCGAGGCCGUCGACGCGCGCGGCUACGUCAACCUCCGCUGCCAGCACAACCCGGGCUGUCCGACGAGCGUGCACCCGUGGGAGCCGACGCAGUACGACAUCGAAAAGGACGACAUCCGCGCCUUCUUCCCGCAGGUGUACCAGACGCUGUUUAACGUCGGCCCCGAGAAGGUGCCCGACCACAUCGGCAAUGUGUGCUGCGGGCAGUUCGCCGUGAGUCGGGCGCGCAUUCGGGAGCGGCCGCUGGCGGACUACGAGCGCAUGUUGCAGUGGGCCGCGGAGACGGAGCUGACGGACAGUUUUGGGGUGGGGUGGGUGUUUGAGAAGGUGUGGCAUAUUAUUUUCGGGAUGGAGGAGAUAUAG